AUGUCUUGGGGCCAUGGGUUCUCAUUUUCCCGAUUCAAAAUUGCAGCCGGCGAAUAUUCCGGCCAUAUAGCUAUGCUACUUGAGGGGCAGGCGGGCUGCAAACCGGUUUUGCAAAUAUACACGGCAGCUGGAAAGCUUGUGUCUCAGCAUUUGUGGAAGGAUGCGCCACCAGUCGCUCUGGGAUGGUCUGUAUCCGAAGAUUUGGUAGUCGUGCAGAAAAGCGGGUUCGCAUCAAUACUCGAUCUCUCCGGGAACUAUGUCCGCCGUUUCAGUAUGGGACAGGAAGCCGAGCAAAGAGACAUUGUGGAUGUCAAAUUCUUCACUAUGCAUAAUCACACGGGAUUGGCUGUUCUGACAGGUGGAAACCAUAUUUUUGUCAAUACGAAUAUUGAAACGCCCCAUGUACGUCGUCUGGCUGAACUUCCCGGACCCACGCAACCACUCACUUACUGGUUGAUUGUGCCCGGUCCUCUUUCACUGACACACACGCCUAAAUCUGAAUCAGACGGGUUCAGUGGACCGUGGGCGCUCGUGGCGAAAAAGAAACUACUCUACCGAGCCGAUUACGCGAAUGUGGAUAUGGUUGAUCUAUCUCUAUUGCUUCCUCACAACUCCGCCCAAAUUGAGCUCAUGGCGGUCUCACCCAAUCUAAAGUUUAUUUCUUUUUACUUGGAUUGCGGUUUACUUCUUGUCACUAAUUUACGGAUGAGCGAGGUGCUCUCCUUAGUGGAUCUGACUCAACGCAUUUCAACCUCUCCGGAUCCAGAAAACCCAGCGAAGAACCAAACAAUGAGCACUCCUUUGGCGAUGUUUUGGUCUACCAGUUCAGCAGUUGUGUUACACUGGCAUCACUUAGUCGCCUUGGUUGGAGCACAAGGUGACGUUUACGAGUACUUCUUCCAGGAUGAUGUGUGGCUCGCACAAGAGGUAGGCUAA